AUGUCAUCUAGUAAGAUAGCCGUCCUAUAUGGCUCCGAAACAGGAAACGCUCAGGAUUUUGCAGCUAUUCUUUCGCAUAAGCUCAAUAGACUUCACUUUAAGCAUACAUUCUCAUCAUUAGCAGAUUAUAAAAGGGAAGAUAUCUUAAGAUGCCGCUACUUAUUUAUUGUAUGCUCAACAACUGGACAGGGUGAACUACCAAGAAAUGUCUAUGAAACUGUGACAGGUGAUCAAAAAAAUACCCUAUGGACAUUCUUAAAGAAGAAGAAGCUACCUGCCGACUUCCUAAAUCACAUCAAGACUGCAUUUCUAGGAUUAGGUGAUAGUUCUUACCCCAAAUUCAAUUAUGCUUUAAGGAUUAUUCAUAAUCGUAUGGUCAAUCAACUAGGUGCCAAAGAGAUAUUUGAUCGUAUGGAAGCCGAUGAACAAUCUAUGGCAGGAAGUAAUAAAGGCACUGGAUUAGGGAUUGAAUCAGUAUAUUUUGAAUUUGAAAAAAGAAUCAUUACCUACCUGAUGGAUAGGUUUCCUACCAGAAAAGUUGGUAAUGAGAUCAUACAGAGAGAAGAGAUUGACAAAGAAUUAUACCUAGAACCUAUAACCUAUCUCAGGAUUGAUGAUCCACAUGAUCAACAAUCUUUUUCCGGAGGUCCAACUACUUUUGUUGGUGAUAAAUUGAUCAAAACUGGUACUAUAACACUAAACAAAAGAAUAACAGCAAAAGAUCAUUUCCAAGAUGUUAGACAAUUCACAUUUGAAUCUUGUGAUGAUAUUAAAUAUAAGCCCGGUGAUACUGUAGCUUUAUAUUCAUACAAUACAGACCAAUCUGUUGAACGUAUGCUUGAAUGCCAACCACAAUGGAUUCCUCUUGCCGACAAACCACUAUCAUUCACUAAUGGUAUACCAACACAUUUGCUAGAUGGGGGUGUAGUCCAGCCUUUAACUCUGCGAAACUUGUUGAAAUAUCAUUGUGAUUUUAUGAGCAUUCCAAGGAGUAGUUUUUUCCUGAAGAUCUGGACAUUUGCCACAGAUGUUACUAGAAUGGAGAGGGGAGAAGAACAGAUGAAGGAUCAGCGGCAAAAACUAUACGAAUUUGCCACUGAUGAAGAUAUGCAAGAGCUAUACGAUUACUGUAACAGACCUAGAAGAUCGAUACUAGAGGUUAUGGAGGAUUUCUUGUCAAUUCGCCUACCAUUGGAGUAUCUUUUGGACUUUUUUCCGCCAAUUAAGCCCAGAUUAUACUCAAUCUCAAGCACGGCUAAUUGCAAUAAUAUAGAAUUAACCGUUGCAAUUGUGAAGUACAAAACUAUACUAAGAAAAAUCAGAACUGGUGUUUGUACUGAUUUCAUUUCAAAGCUAAAAGUCGGUGAUAAAAUAAGAUACAAAAUUCAACAAAAUGAUUUAAUUAAAGAGGAGUACCGUUCAAACCCAUUUGUCAUGGUUGGCCCUGGAGUAGGUUUGGCACCACUAUUAUCUGCAGUAAGAUCUAAAGUUUCUCCAGAGAUGUCUUUAUAUUUUGGUUGUCGUUUCAAGGAUAAAGACUACCUACAUGGGAAGGAAUUAGAAGAUAUGGCUAAUCAAGGUUUAAUCAAAUUCUAUCCAGUUUUUUCUCGAGACCGAGAGAAUUCUCCAGAUACCAAAUAUGUUCAAGAUGUGCUCUGGAAAUUUGGAGAAGAGGUUACCAAUCUUUUAGUGGAAAGAAAGGGUAUUUUCUUUUUAUGUGGGGCGUCUGGUAAGAUGCCUAUUCAAAUACGACUAACUCUGCUUGAAAUGUUGAAAAAAUGGGGUGGCUUCAAAGAUGAUGCAAGCGCAAAGGAGUAUUUAAGAAGCAUGGAGAAGGAAUAUAGAUAUAUCCAGGAAACAUGGUGA